GGAAGAGGAAAACGCGUCCCUUCGCGCUUCCGGGUUCCGCCUCGCGCACAAACGGACGGACUGAUCACUCGUACUGGGAGCUCUCCGGCGCUUUAACGCACUUGAGAUGGCCGCUCGGUUACCGGCAUGCGUUGUGGAUUGUGGCACAGGCUACACCAAACUGGGAUACGCAGGAAACACGGAGCCGCAGUUCAUCGUUCCCUCAUGUAUCGCCAUCAAAGAGUCAGCGAAGGUGGGCGAUCAGGCCCAGAGGAGGAUGAUGAAGGGCGUGGAUGACCUGGACUUCUUCAUCGGAGACGAAGCCAUUGAUAAACCCAACUAUGCCACUAAAUGGCCCAUCCGGCACGGGAUCGUGGAGGACUGGGAUCUGAUGGAGAGGUUUAUGGAGCAGGUGAUCUUCAAGUAUCUGAGAGCCGAACCCGAGGACCAUUACUUCUUGCUGACCGAACCUCCUCUGAACACUCCAGAGAACCGCGAGUACACGGCCGAGAUCAUGUUUGAGUCCUUUAACGUGCCGGGGCUGUACAUCGCUGUGCAGGCUGUUCUGGCUCUGGCAGCAUCAUGGACGUCUCGACAGGUCGGUGAGAGAACCCUCACAGGAACCGUCAUCGACAGUGGAGACGGAGUUACUCACGUCAUUCCAGUGGCGGAGGGUUACGUGAUCGGCAGCUGCAUUAAACACAUUCCCAUCGCGGGCCGAGACAUCACGUACUUCACACAGCAGCUGCUGAGAGAGCGAGAGGUGGGCAUCCCUCCGGAGCAGUCGCUGGAGACCGCCAAAGCCGUCAAGGAGCGCUUCAGUUACGUCUGUCCUGAUCUGGUGAAGGAGUUCAGCAAGUACGAUACGGACGGAUCCAAAUGGAUCAAGCAGUACACCGGCAUCAACGCCAUCAGCAAGAAAGAGUUCACCAUCGACGUGGGCUACGAGCGCUUCCUGGGACCAGAGAUCUUCUUCCACCCUGAGUUUGCUAACCCAGACUUCACUCAGCCCAUCUCUGAGGUGGUGGACGAGGUCAUUCAGAACUGCCCGAUCGAUGUGCGCCGUCCGCUCUAUAAGAACGUCGUCCUGUCGGGCGGCUCCACUAUGUUCCGUGACUUCGGCCGGCGUCUGCAGAGAGACCUGAAGAGGACGGUGGACGCGCGUCUGAAGCUCAGCGAGGAGCUCAGCGGAGGGAAACUCAAGCCUAAACCCAUCGACGUGCAGGUCAUCACCCAUCACAUGCAGCGCUACGCCGUGUGGUUCGGAGGAUCCAUGCUGGCGUCCACCCCGGAGUUUUACCAAGUGUGCCACACCAAGAAGGACUAUGAGGAGAUCGGGCCAAGCAUCUGCCGCCACAACCCUGUGUUCGGUGUCAUGUCCUAAACACACACACACACACACACGAGCACGAGCACGUAUGGGAUGGUAGGGUGAAGAAAUGAGAAAUGUAUUUUCUAUUA